CGCGCCUCUUUCGGGCCCGCCUUGCUCGGGCCCGGCUUCUCGUUCCCUUGGCGGAGUUUGUCCUCUGCGGGCUGCCGUAGCAGCUGUGUAGCCGCUCCGUCCGCGGCCAGUAUCAUGGCUGCUGCCCCGGGAAGGCGGCGGGAGAGCCGCGGGCUGGGAGAGGAGGAGGAGGAGGAGGAGGAAGAAGAAGAGGAGAACAUCCUUUACGACCUGCUGAUCCAGAUCGAGUGGCCGCCGGAGCCGGAGGUGCAGACAAGAGGCAACAGAAAACAUGGAGCAUCAUCCAUCAUCACUAAAGCAAUUACAGGCCCUGCCUUAUUUUUGCUGCAUUACUUAUGGUACAGUCCUGCAAAAUCUUCUCUCCCUGCGGGAUUGGUCCGCCUGGUAAAUAAGCAGAUCAACUGGCAUUUAGUUCUUGCAAGCAAUGGAAAACUGCUAGCAGCUGUUCAGGACCAGUGUAUAGAGAUAAGGUCUGCAAAGGAUGAAUUUGCAUCUGUCAUUGGGAAAUGUCAAGUCCCAAAGGAUCCUAACCCACAGUGGAGACGUGUGGCGUGGAGUAAUGAUUGCACUUUGCUUGCCUAUGGCGAAAGCACAGGAACUGUGAGAGUAUUUGACUUGGUUGGCAGUGAACUCUUGGUCAUCUUGCCGGGUAAUAGCUUCGCAGGAGACCUGAGCUACGCUAUUGCAGGAUUGAUCUUUGUGGAAUACAAAGCAAGCGCCCAGUGGUCAGCUGAACUGCUAGUCAUCAAUUAUCGUGGUGAACUGAAAAGCUACCUUGUCAGUGUUGGAAUGAAUCAGAGUUUCCAAGAGAGUCAUAGUUUCAGUUUCAGCAGCCAUUAUAUCCAUGGAAUAACUGCUGCAAUUUAUCAUCCUCUACACCGGCUUCUGAUUAUUGGUGGCUGCGAAAGUGAUGAUGAUGGAGCUGGAGUGUCUAAAGCGAGUAGCUGUGGUCUGACAGCAUGGAGAGUGCUCUCAGGAUCGCCGUAUUACAAGCAAGUCACAAGUUAUGAGGAUGAUGUUGGGACCGGCACGAGAAGGUCCUUGUUCAAGAUUAUGAAUCUCAAAUUUUACAGGGGACAAGGAAGGGAACAGGAUGGCAUUUUCAAGAUGAGCCUUUCUCCAGAUGGCAGCCGCCUGGCGGCCAUUCACUUUUCAGGAAAACUGACCAUUUGGGGAGUUCCUUCGCUCAGACAGCAAGGCGAAUGGGAACAAAGUGAUCAGCCAGGUUAUGAUGAAAUCAAGCCAGAAUGGAGACUUUCUCUUGAAAAGCGAAAGAAAAUUAAAGACAAGGAAUCUUUCUACCCACUAAUAGAUGUAAACUGGUGGGCAAAGAAUGCUGUUAUCUUGGGCCGUUGUUCUGGAGCCUUGACAGUGUCAUCAGUGAAGACCUUGAAAAAUCUCUUAGGCAAAUCCUGUGAAUGGUUUGAAAGUUCUCCUCAGGUCACUUCUGCUCACGACGGAGGAUUUCUGAGUUUGGAGUGCGAGGUGAAGUUGGCGCCAAAGAGAUUGCGCUUGGAUAGCAGGCCUGGGGAUGAAGAUGAAGGAGAAGACGACUCGGAUUCCGAUGACGAAACGUCUGCCAAAGCCCGGUAUUUUGGCUACUUGAAGCAAGGCCUAUAUUUUGUGACUGAAAUGGAGAGAUUCGCUCCGCCAAGGAAACGGCCACGCACCAUUAUAAAGAACUAUCGGCUUGUGAACCUGAGGUCCACAACCCCUGAGGAGUUGUAUCAAAGAAAGAUUGAUAAUGAAGAAUACGGAGAAGCCUUGUCACUUGCCCAGACGUACGACCUUGAUUCCGACCUUGUUUAUCAGAGGCAGUGGAGGAAAUCUGCAGUUAGCAUUGCUUCUAUCCAGGAUUACCUGAGCAAAAUUAAUAAGCGUUCCUGGGUUCUUCACGAGUGCCUGGAGAGAGUCCCCGAAAAUGUAGAUGCUGCAAAAGAACUGCUGCAGUAUGGCUUGAAAGGAACGGAUCUGGAAGCUCUUGUGGCCAUUGGGAAAGGAGAAGAUGGCGGCAGAUUUAUCCUACCAGGUGAUGUAGAUGUUGAUGAACUCCUUUAUGAAGAGUUUUUGACUCCCGAGGAAGAAGCAGAGAGCAGGAAAGAGCGGGAAGCCAUGAAGCGCCAAGAACUCCUUCAAUCUGUGAAUUUCUCCAAGUUAACUUUGGAACAGAAAGAACUUUGCCGUAGCAGGUUGAAGCUCCUAACCUAUUUGGACCGUUUAGCAACCUACGAGGAGAUCCUCGGGGGGCCACAUGCUGCUGAGCAGAGAUACGAUGCGGAGUUCUUCAAGAAAUUCCGCAAUCAAAAUAUCGUUCUUUCUGCAAGAACAUAUGCUCGGGAAAGCAACGUAAGGGCCCUGGAGAUCUUGUUCACAUACCAUGGAUCAGACUUGCUUCCACAUCGUUUGGCAGUUCUGUCUAAUUUUCCAGAGACCACCUCUCCACAUGAAUAUUCCUUUUUGCUGCCUGAAGCUUGCUACAGAGAUGGUGUGCUGAAGAUUCUUCCUUGGAAUGAGCAGAAACAUAGGGAAGAAGACUGGUGUGAGAGGCCACCAUGCAGGCUGAUUGUUGAGCCGGCUCUUCAGGAUGAAGGUGACUUUUUAUAUGACUCUCAGCCGGAAUGGUUGAAGUACAGAACUGUGGACCCUCCAAUAAAUCUGAUCACUGACUGGUACUGGAAGAGAGCAGAGGAGAUAGAAAACUACUCUAUGCAGGUGGAUUGUGCUCUGUCUCUGGUUCGCCUUGGCAUGGAGAGGAACAUCCCUGGUCUUCAUUCUCUCUGUGAUAAUCUGGUUACACUGGAGACCCUAGUUUAUGAGACUGGAUGUGACGUCACUCUGAGUUUGAAGGAGCUACAGCAGAUGAAAGACUCUGAGAAGCUGAAGCUGCUAAUGUCAAACUCAACAGAAGAGAAGUAUGUGAAAGAUGCUUACCAGUGGAUGGUCCCAUUUCUACAUCGCUGUGAAAACGAGUCUCCUGGCGCUGCUAAUAAACUUUUGAAAGAAUAUUUGGUAACUCUGGCAAAAGAAGAUCUAACGUUUCCUCUGAAAAUCUUUGAGCAUUCAAAGCCAGCAUGUCAGCAAAAGAUAAUUUCAGAUCAAGACCUGUUGAUGAUGAUUGCAUUGGAGUGCAUCUAUAGCUGCAAACGUGAUAACCAGCUGUCUCUGUGUUAUGAUAUUUUAGAAUGCCUCCCCCAGAGAGGUUAUGGUCCUGAAACAGACAUUACAAACAGUCUUCAUGAUAAAGUUGAUGAACUGGAACAAAUUCUUAGUGUAUCAGAAUUUCUGGAGAAGCAUGGACUUCCGAAACCCGUAACCUUUGUAAAAGAGACACAAAACAGCCCAGAAGAAGCACAGAAGCUGAUGAUAAGAUUGACAAGACAUACAGGUCGCAAGCAGCCUCCUGUUAAUGAAGCACACUGGAUGGGAUUGUUGCAAGAUAUGCUGGAAAUGCAGCAGAAUGUCUACACAUGCUUAGAACGAGAUACUUGCUAUGAGAUUUUCACAGAAAGCCUUCUGUGCUCAAGCCGUCAGGAGAAUAUCCGGUUAGCUGGGCAGAUGAUGCAUUGCAGUGUUUGGUCAAUAGAUCCCCCAGUGAAUAUUGCUUCUAAAGGAAAACCGCAGUAUAGAGUCUGCUAUGAAAAAAGCAUUGAAUUAGUUUUGGCAGCUAGCAGAGAAUACUUUAAUUCUUCAACCAAUCUCACUGAUCCUUGCAUGGAUUUGGCCAGAUCCUGCCUACAGCUUAUUACAGACUGUCCACCCAUUAUUCAAGAGGAAUUGGAUCUAAUUCGUGCUCUUAGCUACCUUGAGGAAUUUGGGGUGAAAAUCUUGCCAUUGCAAGUUCGUCUGUGCUCUGAUCGACUCAGCCUUAUCAAGGAGUGCCUCUCACAGCUGCCAACAAACUAUAAGCAAUCUGCCAAGCUCUUGGGACUUGCAAAUUUGCUGAAGGUUGCAGGUGAUGACCAGAUGGAGAGAAAAGGACAAGUUUUAAUUCUCUUAGUGGAACAAGCUCUCAAAUUUCAGGAUUACAAAGCAGCAAAUAUGCAUUGCCAGGAACUUAUGGCUUCAGGGUACUCGAAAAGCUGGGACGUCUGCAGCCAGCUAGGGCAAUCAGAAGGUUACCAGGAUAUGGCUGUUCGGCAGGAGCUUAUAGCCUAUGCUUUGACACAUUGUCCCCCAGGUGCCAUAGAAUCGCUGCUGGCAGCAAGCAGUGCUCUGCAAACUGAGAUUCUUUAUCAUGCAGUCAACUACAAGAUAAGGCCUUCAGAAAAAGCAGAGAACACAAAUAUCUCCAGAUCCUCAGCUGGAUUCAGAGCCGAGUCUCCUCCAGAGGUCGAGCCGCGCAUUUCUACUAGUCAGUCUGCUGACCUGCUCCAGUGGACGACGGCGAAGACCAUGAAGGUACUUUCUAAUACCACUCUGACAACAAAAGCUGUGCUGCAUGCCGUCAGUGAUCGACAGUGGUGGAAGAAGUCGCUGACUUACCUUCGACCAUUACAUGGCCAAGAGUUUGGAGAUGCAUUAAAAAGCACCACUGGUGCAAAUGCAGCAAUCGAAAAGCAAGGCUGUCAUCCAUUCUAUGAAUCUCUGAUAGAGAAUCCAUACCUUGCAGAAAAUCAAGUUACAUAUACUACAUAUGAAUACACUCCUUUGGAAAGCUUUGCGGAAGUAUUGCUACGAACAGGAAAACUGGCAGAGACUAAGAGCGAGGGACAAGAUCUGUUUCCUGCUACGGAAGUCAUGUUCCAGCUGGCCAGUGAAGCUUUACCAAAUGAUAUGACCUUAGCUCUCACCUACCUUCUUGCGUUACCACAGGUGGUUGAUGCCAACAAGUGCUUCGAAAAACAGGCUCCUUCUGCUUUAUCUCUCCAGCUGGCAAGUUAUUACUAUAGCCUGCAGAUCUAUGCUCAUUUGGCACCAUGUUUCAAGGACGAAUGCCACCCUCUCUACAGGGCUGACCCCAAAGAAUUAAUUCAGGGGGUCACAAAGCACGUUUCCCAAUCCACCAGUACAGACUGGCCUGAAGAAAUUGCAGCUCUGAUCAAGCACCUCCGGUACUACAACGAGCGGCUGCUGGACUUCACUCAGGCUCAGAUUCUUCAGGGUCUCGGCAAAGGUGUGGAUGUGCAGAGGUUUACAGCAGACGGUCAGUACAAGAGGGAAACCAUAUUAGGUUUGGCAGAAACACUUGAAGAAAAUGUGUACAGGAUUGCUCUCUCCUUGGCUCAGCGUUACAGUGUCCCUCUCUGGGAAGUUUACAUGACACAUUUGGAAUUUCUUUUCAGUGACAGUGGUUUAUCCACAUCUGCUAUAGAAGAUAGAGCCCAAAGCCUUGGUAUAUUUGAGACUUUGAAAACAAUCCCUGAAGCUUUUCAUGAGCAUAUGGCCAAAUAUGUAUACCCUACUAUUGAAGGCAGAGAUCACCAGCGUUUACUUUAUUAUUUCACACUCCUUGGGAACUGUGCCUCUCCUGAAUUUAUGAAACAUCCUAUCAAACCUGAAACACACAUACGUCUGCUGAAAAAAUUCAAAGCUGUUGCGCCAGGCCUUAAUUACAAAAAACUAACAGAAGAAAAUGCAAAUCCUCUGGCAGCUUUGGAUCCCAUCCUGACAAGUCAAAACAUUUUAUCCAUUUCCAAACUUGCUCCUAAAAUUCCAGAAAAAGAUGGAAAGAUGCUUUCCCCAAGUUCGGUCUAUGCCAUCUGGAUAAAAAAACUCUUUUGGAAGGGAGAUCCCCAUCUCAUUAAAAUACCUCCAGAAAGCAUAACUGGAUGGUUACAUGCCUACGACGUCUGUGCCAAGUACUUUGAUAGACUUCACCCAGGAGAUAUUGUUAAUUUCAUGGAUGAAAUUACUUUUUCCUCAGAAUCUGUCACCAAGUUGUCAGUUGAUUCUCGGGUAGAGAUGACAAAGAAGGCUAUUAAGACAGUGACGCAUCUUGCUGAAAAAUCUGGGAAAAGGACUUCUGAGGGGGACAGCGUCGAAGGUGUGGUUGACAGGCAGAUGAGUUACGAAGAUGCUUUGAAGCAUCUGCAGCAGUCUCUCGCACAUCUGGAAACACUUAGCCAUAGCUUUAUUUCUUACUUGAAGAAUAGUGACCAGACCCUGCUGCAAGAAUAUGGGCAUCAGUAUGAUUUAUCUCGGUCAGAGGGGGAAAAAAUCAGUGAACAAGCUGUAACGAUGUGUAUCGAUGGCCAGCCCCUAGAUAUGAUACAAAAAUUAUUGGACGUAGCUGUUGGAGACCUGGGACUCUCACCUAAAGAUGUAGUAGAGACAGCUGUAAACAAAGUGAUAGAUGCUUUAUGUGGAGAUGGUGGCUCGCACGCUUUCAAAACGGACCCUUUCCAGAUAUUAGAAGGCAUUGUCUCUGCUGUCCACACCAGUGCUGAGAACGGGGAAAAUCUAGUGUCUUCGGAUGAUCUCCUGGCUUGGCUGAGACCUUUCUGUGGCAAUGAUUCUUUGCCAGUGAAGCCUCGCAUUAAAGUAUUGCAGAUUUUGGAGCAAGCCUUUCACCUCAGUGAUGAGGACAGCAAGCUGCUGGUGCUCUUCAGAACACAAGCAGUUCUCAAAGCCUGUUGGCCCGAGACUCAGGUAGAAGUAACUGAUACUGAAAAUGAAGAAAAGAGAUACGCUCUCUUUUUGAAACUUCUGGAAACUAGUGAGGACCAUGUCAAAUUUCAGCAUUUAGUUAUGCUCCUGCAAGCUUGGCCCCCUAUGAGAAGCCCAGAUAUAGCAAGACCAAGUAAUAAUCCCUGGGUUAAGCUGGGAACAGUCAUGCUUAUGAAAUGCCAACAAGAACAGAAGGAGAAUACGGGGAAUGAGAUUCUGAAAAUCUGUCGUUCUUUAUAUGAGACAAAACACAUGCUCUCUACAGAGUGCACAAGAGACCUGUGCAUGCUGCUCCUCAAUGAGUCCCUUCUGCUACCAUCCCUGAAACUGCUUGUGGAAAGCGGAGAUCAAGAUCUUCACUCAGUGGCACUGCAGCAGAUAACAGCUUUUGCUCAGGCUGACAAUUCCAACUGUGACGCUGAGCUGCUUUCGUUGCUCCUGGAUAAGAAGUUGGUGGUGAAGUGUGUUUCCACAGCCUUCUAUCCCCACCUGGUUAACCAUCUGCUGACCAAGCAGGAGGAAGGGCAGUGGGAUGUUGAAGACACAGCAAAACAGCUAGAAGGAGCCGGCUUCCUUGCUGAGGCAGGCUCCCUCCUGAUGGCCUAUAAAGGAACUAAUCCAGCCCUUCAAACUUUUGGUGCAGCCCUCAAGGCUGUUAAGCACUGGAUUUAAAUUGCUAAGCCUUUCAAAUUACACUUCGUACCUGAACUAUCUGUUGUUCCAGCUAAUCCUGAUUUCAGAUGGAAAUGUUCUCUUAAGAGAUGAAGAAAAUAUGUGCUUCAAGUUAAUCACUGCUGCUGUGUAUUGCUUAAAUUCCUAAGAAUGUGCAUAACAUACUUUCUUGUAGUGUUUCCUCUUGCUAUCAGUAACUCUUGUCAUAUGGAUAGGAAAUACCUGACUUCAGAAAGUCACGUUCAGUGUAACUUAUGAAAGGUACUCUAACAAAGAAACAAUUUGAGGUUUAUAUCAUAAGGGACGGUGAUACCACAUCUCUUUGUGUCCAGUGUAGAAGCAUAUCGAUGAUGGAAAGCACAGGUGUAUUGAUGUGUAACAACCCCAUUUCAAAGAGAAAUGACUGAGAAGAAUGUUGAAAGAUACUUAACAAUUCUUGUAUCAUGCUCUUUGGAAGUUACAGUUUCUUUACUUUAAUUAAAGUCUUUUCCGCCA